AUGUUUGCCGAGGUGUUUGUCCUAGCGGCGGGAGUGAUAUUUCCUGGGCAACACGUUGUCCAAGCUCGUCUGGACCAGGUUAAUGACACUUGUGAGGAUUUCCCGGUGGAAGCGGUGAAUUUUGUGAUAGCAGAUUUUUUCAAGAAUGUUUCGACGUUAUCCAUCGUUCCAAUGAACACUGAUUGGUCGCAGUGCAUUGCUCAAGCAAAUAUAUUUACCAAAUCUCUGAGCUACACCAACUUUGGAACGUUGGAAAAUUAUGCAAAAAAUCAAUACUUAAAUAUCGAUGGGUUACUGCUGAUAGGCAGUCAGGAAACAAACUCCACCGUGACGGGAAACUUUCUCGACAGAAACAGCAACGAAGAACUGGCCAUGCUAAUUAUGAGAGGUGAUAUUGAUCGCAAUUCGGGAGCAUUGCGGAAAGCAUCAACACUAUUCCAUCGAUCGAUUAUUUUCAACAUUGAUCCAGAGUUGACUGUUUGCAUGCUAAAUUCUGAGUUCAGAAUCGAAUGCUUUGCUGGUGAUGAUCUCCACGAUAUUGGCCACCGUGUUGAGGUUUCGGAGCACUUUACGAAACACGAAAGGCGAACGCUUCGGGUAACGCAGUAUCGCAUAGAUUCCGUCGAACGACCAACCGACAACGCUUACCUACGUUUGAUAGACCGGCCGGUUCUCCGAUCGAUAGCCGACAAACUAAACCUGACGCCGAUAAGUGUGGGCGAUAACUUUGACUACGGUUAUCGAAUGUCGAAUGGGACAUUCGUUGGUUCCCUAGCGGAAGUCGAGCACGGCAGGACGGAUCUGUCCAGAACUAGGAUAAUGUUUUCCCUACAUGAAACUACCAAUGUACAGUUCCUACUACCGGUCAUAGCUACUCCUUUUCUGUAUGUGGUCCCCAAAAACUAUUACACCCGUGCUCGGAGGGAGGUAGACAUAAUUGCCUUGUCGUUGGAGUUUAUGCUCGUGUAUUACUCCAUUUUACUUUGGUUUCCGGUAGGAUUUCGGAUUCUGGAAUAUUACAGCUUCCAGAUGAAUCGCACGAAGAACAAUUCACAAACCCCAUGGAUAUCAUCCGUCUUCAUGACGUACGCAACCAUGACCAACAUAUCCAUCGCGAUUCGAGAAAUAUCAUCACAACGAAUAUAUUGGAUCACUCUGAUUUGGUUUCAGCUCAUCACCUACAGUGUGUUCCAGGGGAAUAUGAUUAAGGAAGUUAACACAGCUGAUAACAGUAGAGAUCUUCAAACGAUUCAGGAGCUCAUGGGUUCCACGCUCAAUAUAUCGAUUGAUCCUUCAAUAACAGCGUUCUUCACAUAUAACGAGCAGGUUAUGGCCAAGUACAAGCUUGCGAAGCGCAUUGUGAUCGAAGCACCAGAAACAACGAAGCUUUUAUCGAGUCUCAUUGCUAAGAGAUCAUUUGCCAAGGUCCUGGCACAAGACAAGAUUGAGGAGUUCGUUCCACAAUUCUACGACAAAAAGACGGGCGAAGCAUUGCUCCAUGUGAUCCCCGAAGUGGCGUACGAAUUUUACUCAGCAAUUUUAUCGACGGUGGUCUGA